AUGGCUUCCACAAGAAUUGCCGACCUAGCUGCCCAAAUCCAGGAAAACACCACGAAAGUGGACCAAUACCUCCAGAGUAAAAACCUACCGUCGCCAUCGUUCCAUGUAGACGGCCCCGUCGAUUUCCAGAUUGAAGAUGAGGAAAUCCAAAAAGCCCGCGAGACAGCCCUGGACUCCAGUCUCGAGCUCCACCAGCUUCUCCUCGGGCCCGCCAUGUGCCUUCGUCCCGUGUUGAACGGUGUAAGCCUGCAGGCAAUCUACAAAUACGACAUCGCCUCCCACGUCCCCAUCCACGGGCAAAUCUCCUUUGCAGACCUGGGCAGGAAAUGCGGCAUGUCGGAAACGAACCUCCGACGCAUCGUCCGCUUCGCCAUCGCCUACCACCGCGUCUUCCACGAGCCCCGCGAGGGCCACGUCGCGCACUCGGCCGCGUCGCGCAAGCUGGCCGAGGACGCCGACGCCAGGGCCGGGCUCGGGUACAUGUUCGACGAGGUCUGGCAGUCGUUCGCGCGCACCGUCGAGGCGCGCGAGCGGUUCCAAAGCGACGAACCCACCCACACCGGCUGGAGCCUGUCCCAGCGCACCGACCGGCCGGUCUGGGAGCACUACGCCGAGCACCCGGCCAUGGCCCGACGCUUCGCCGGCUCCAUGUCCGCCUUCUCCGACGGCGUCGGCCUCUCCCCCCGCUUCCUGACCGAGGGCUACCCCUGGGCCUCCCUCGGCACCGCCACCGUCGUCGACGUCGGCGGCUCCCGCGGCCACGUCGCCCUCGCCCUCGCCCAGUCCCACCCCCACCUCCGCCUCGUCGUCCAGGACCUCCCCGACAUGAUCCGCGGCGCGCGCGACGCCGUCCCCGCCGCCCUCGCCCCCCGCGUCGCCUUCAUGGCCCACGACUUCUUCGCCCCGCAGCCCGUCCCCGCCGCCGCCGUCUACCUCUUCCGCAACAUCUUCCACAACUGGUCCGACGCCCACGUCGUCCGCAUCCUGCGCGCCACCGUCCCCGCCCUCGCGCCCGGCGCCCGCGUCGUCGCGAACGAUUACCUCAUCCCCGAGCCCAAGACCAUGGCCCCGUCCAAGGAGCGGGAGAUUCGCGGUAUGGAUAUGAUCAUGCUGAGUCUCUUCAACGCCCGGGAGCGCGACCGUGCGGAUUGGGAGCAGGUUUUCAAGGAGGCGGAUCCUCGGUUCAAGGAUGUGGUGAUUUGGGUUCCGGAAGGGGCUACGCUGUCUAUCAUCGAGGCGGUUUGGGCCGGAUAA